CUGUACACCUACUCUUCUUCUUUCAACUCCUCGAUCACUUUGAUGUAAUGGCUCCCACACUCUUCCCUGGCGUUGCUCUAAUCACUGGUGCCUCUUCUGGUAUAGGAAAAGCCACAGCAACUUCUUUUGCCCAAGAAGGUUGCCCCCAAAUAGUCCUCGCCGACAUCUCCACCACCUCCUUGCAAGAAACCCACUCCUCCCUCUCAGCACUCUACCCCACCACAACCUUUCUCGCCAUUCAAACCGACAUCUCCUCUCCCUCCUCUGUCCGCGACCUCUUUCGCAAAACCCUCCAACAGUUCCACCGUGUCGAUUACGCGGUGAACUGUGCAGGUGUGCUGGGCACGGCGAAGAAAAGCCAUGAAAUGACACUGGAGGAAUUCGAUCACGUGGUCAAUGUAGAUUAUAGAGGUUCUUGGUUGUGUUCGAGGGAGGAGUUGAAGUGUAUGGUGGGACAGGAACCACUCGAGACUCAUGACGGGAGACAAGGGAAUAGAGGUGUUAUUGUUAAUGUGGCUAGUCAGUUGGGUAUUGUGGCUAGACCUCAGGCUCCUGCAUACUGUUCAGCCAAAGCGGCAAUCAUUGGCUUGACAAAAUCAGAUGCUUUGGACUAUUCUGCUCAUAACAUCAGGGUCAAUUGCAUUUGUCCUGGUGUUAUUGAAACUCCUCUCAUCAACGACGAGGUCAGGAAAGCAAUCUCUAUCGCUCCCAUGAACAGAGCUGGCACACCGCAAGAGAUAGCCGACUGUAUCCUCUUCCUCUGCUCACCUAAAGCUUCCUUUGUUCAGGGCGCUGCUCUAGUGGCUGACGGAGGAUAUACUAUAAACUAAGGAACACCAAC